ACUGAUGAUGACGUUGAUGAUGCUGUUCGUUCGAUCAGUGGUAUAACAUUUGCUCAACAUGUUCCGCCAAACGUUCGAGGUGAACAGUGCAUGACAGUUCCCAGGCUACCACCGUACGCAAUGGACGGCGCGCAAACUAAUGAGCUAACGCAGUGGCCUUUGGUCGAUCGGGAGAGCAUCGAAAAGAUUACACAGUGGCUCACCGCUCAACCGCACCUACCGCAAAUUCAAGAACACGAAAUCGCCCAAUUCCUGCAUGCAAACUAUGGCAACGAAGAAGCAACCCAGCGCACUAUCGAGAACUAUUACACCCUGCGGACCAACUAUCGGGAUUGCUUCACCGACCGGGACGUGUUCAACGAUGCGAUGCAAACGGCACUCAGAAUCAUGAUGUUCACCAUACUGCCAGGAGAAACAAAGGAGGGAUAUAAAAUGGUUUACACACGUUUGCUCACCUCUGAUGCGUCCCACUUCAAUCACCCGCAGAUACUAAAAUUCAUGACCAUGUGUCUCGAUUUGUGGGUGAAGCUGGAAGGCAAUGCAAAGGGGCACAUCAUGCUGAUGGAUAUGCACGGCAUGCACGUUGGCCAUAUGACCAAAAUGAACAUGGCAGCGGUAAAGAAGCACAUGUUCUAUGUACAGGAUGCACUCCCCAUCAGGCUCAAGCAAUUGCACUUCAUAAACGUGGUACCGUUCAUGAACUGGCUAAUGUCGCUCGUCCGACCCCUUUUGCACAAAGAGGUGGAGGAGAUGAUCAACAUGCAUGUAGGCCUGGGCAAACUGCAUGAAGACAUUCCCAUUGAGUGUCUGCCUAAUGAGGUUGGCGGUACUGCUGGAUCAGUGCAGGAGCUGCAUGAUUCGUUCAAGGAGAAACUGUAUGCCAACAGCGAAUGGUUUAAGGCGACGGAAUCCCAAAACUUGGUAGAUGAAACGAAACGGCCUCCAAAGCCGAAAAAAUUCAUGUUCGGGCUUUUUGGGUAAUGUCGCGUUUUUUUGGAGCAUGAACUAAUGUCUUAGCUAGUAUACACCUCCCUCUUUUGGGGAUUAACUGUUGUGGGAAGUAACGAACUAUCAGUACUUUAUAUGGGAAUAUGAACCUAAUCAUGUAAGACAAUUAUUGUGAAACUACAACGGUCGCCAGUCUAUUACAUUCACAGUUUAUAUUGCAUUAGGGUGUGAAUCCUUUGUGAAAUAUGAAUGAUUAUUAUAAGAGGUAUGUAGAAAUUAAUGCAUUGUAGAAAUUGACAGUGAAAGUCUACAUUUAUUACAUCUGUAAUCGCGUUACUAGAGAGAACCAUACGUCAGUGAAAAAAAAAUUCUGGAGAACAUUGUCGAUGUAAAAAUAUCUAAAACAAAAGAAGAAAAAUCAACCUAUUUAGUUUUUUCGACAAACCUCAACUCUCAUCGGAAAUGAUAAAAUAAAAAACGAUAAAACCUUGGUGGUUUUGUAAGACAA